AUGCCUGCGCCCCCCAACCACAUCGACAUCCCCCACGCCUCCGCCGUCCCCAACCUCGCCCCGGACGACGAGGUCAUCACCCCCGACCACGGCCCCGACGCAGAGCUCGAAGCCGACUAUGUCCCGAGCGCCGCCAAACCGCCACCCACCAGAGGAAUCUUGAAGAAUUCGAGGAGGCCCAGCGAGAUUGUCGUGGACGGUGAACUCACCGAGGCUGAGAAGAUCGCCGAACAGCAAGUUCUGCAAUGGGACGAGGCAAACAUUGCGCUCACGGAGAUCCAGAAGGACUCGCUCAUGAAGAUUGACGAGCCCAAGACCCCUUACGUGCGGUAUGACGCCGUCAACGACCAAGUCCUGCCCAACGACGGCGAGAUCCCUUCUUUCGAUCUCGAAGCCGACAACCCGCGCUCCCCUACCACCCCGCUGAGUCCUCGCAAGAGCCUCCCCACUAGCCCCGACCAGACUCGCCACAAUACCGCCCUCAACGCUGCUCCACAGGAUGCCCCCCGCCGUCCUUCAUCUACCGGCUCCAGCUCGUCCUCUCGCUCGGCUUCAUUCUCCCUCCCUACCAAAGACCACCCCGUCCGUCCGGGAUCUUCACCCAAAUCACCAAAUGCUGGGAUGGAGCUCGGCGCGACGGCUGCGAAUACGGCUGCGAACAGCGGGGAGGUGUUUGAUGAUUCGGAGGAUGAGAUGGAUGAGGAGACCAGGGCGAGGCAUAAGGAGUUUAACAAGAAGAGGAAUAACCAUUAUUCGAAUGAGGCUGCUAUCGCUUUGAAGCGGGCCAAGGAGCUGAUGCAGAAGGAGGAGGCUGAAGAGAAGGCAGCGGAGGAAGGGAGCAAGAUGCAAGUGGACUAG